ACUAGGCUUGGGUAUCGAGUAUCGAUUGGAACCGGGACUAGCUUUCCGAUUUUCCCGGAAUCGUCCAAAGUUUAUAUUUCGAUUCCUAGUUUCGAUUCCUAGUUUCGAUUCAGUCCGCCGGCGCCGACCGUAAGAAGAACCUGCUGAACACCAACGAAGAAGCGUCUACCGGAAGUGGUGGCAAAAACGAGCGAGUCAAACAUGGAUAGUGUGCGUCGGCGGUCCAAAGUGUGGCUUCACUUUUCCAAACAGAACGAUACCACGGCAAAAUGCAACAUUUGCGGAAAGAUACAUAUACAAUAAAUAAUGUCUUGCACCAACAUUGAGGCAGCUAACAAAUUAGCCCAUGUAUUUUUUCAUAGACAAUUUACGACCUGAGGUUGCGAACGUCAGGCAAGCUGGUGACUCCACGACGACUCCGCAAUGUGCUAUUACUCCGUUCACCAUAGCGGCAAGGGGGAAGAUGUCUGCACAGCAAAAGGAAGAGUGCCACAGAAAGGUCACUGCACACAUUGUGAAAAGGCUGCAUCCCUUUUCAGAGGUGGAAUCACCAACAUUUACGUUAGUUAAGCAAUAACGAUAGAGCUAAGCUAAUUGAUAAUGAGCUAUGGUGCGUUUCCCAAAAGCAUAGUUGAUAACUUGUUUGCAACUUAGUUAGUUGGCAAUGGGAAAUUGUAUUGCAACCAACAAAGUUGCUAACUAAGUUAGCAAACUAUGGUUUUGGAAAUGCUCCCCUUAACAGUGACAGCAACAUUACAUGUUUGUUUAUGUUUGCAGGGACAUGGUGAAAACUCUAAACCCCAAAUAUACACCACCUUCCAGGGAUUACAUGUCAAACACAUUAAUUCCAUCAUGGUACAAGGUUGAGAAGUCAAACAUUAUUACAGAGCUCAGUGAAGUCAGCGCUGUUGCACUCACAUGUGAUGGCUGGAGUAGCAUCACACAGGACCACUACCUCACCUUCACAGCACACUACAUAAAAGAGGGAAAAAUGCAGCAAAAAGUGCUAAAAACAAAGGCUGUUUACAAAUCACAGACCGGUUGUGUUGUUGCAGAGGAAAUUAGUGAUGUUCUGUCCGAGUUUGGCAUAUCUGAUAAAAUUGCAGCAGUCACUGUAGAUAAUGCUGCCAAUAUGAAUGUGGCUAUUAAGCGCCUGCAAUUUGUGAAACUGUGUUGUUUUGCCCACACACUUAAUUUAGCAGCACAAAGUCUAUACUCCCUAAAUUCAGUGAGUCAGUGGGUGGCCAAAGUCCGAACCAUUGUUGUGUGGAUGAAGAGGAGCUCAAUGGCCAAGGUGGUUCUUGGAGAGAAGCAACAACUUCUACGUAAGAAGUUCACUUUAUUUAACUGUUGUACAUUGACACGUAAUGACUUUACAUGUCUUAUCUAUCUUAUUUAUGAGCUCUGCAGCAGAGUAGUACUACAGUAUUUGAAUCCAACUUUACAAAAGUAUUUUUGUCUCCUGGGAUAAAAAGCAUCUGUUAUAUGACUUAAAAUUGAUGUUAUUGUUUUUGUCAGAGCUGCCCCGACACUCACUCAUACUCGAUGUGAGAACACGGUGGAACUCUCUGUACCUAAUGCUGGAGAGAUUCACAGAGCAGUACCCUGCGAUUCAAGCAGCCAGCUUGGAUCAACGUCUGAGAAAAAAUAUGGAUAGGGACAGACUUGCUCGGCUAACUGAGGAGGAUUUUAGGAAAGCUGAAGACUUCAUCAAUGUGAUGAAGAUGCUCUACACCUCUACACUCUGCGUGUCUUCCGAAAAGAGUCCCACAUGUGGACAGAUUCUGCCUAUCCUCAAAAAGCUUGAGGCACACCUGGCAGUAAAAGAGGAAGACACUUCCUUUGUUUCAAACCUUACAAAACAGGUUUGGGCAAACCUAUCCAAGCGUUACCAGACUGAUGAGAUUAGGAACUUUCUCCAAGUGGCCACUGCGUUGGAUCCACGCUUUAAACAUAAACUGGAUGAUGACACGGCUGACACCACCUGGGACCAGAUCCAGAGAAAUCUAAUUGAACAGGAAGACGGUGGAGCUGAUGGGGACACCAUGCAGUCUGAGAAUGAGCAGGAGAGUCAACAGCCUCCCUGCAAACUGCCCAGGAAGACUCCACUGGAGGAGCUGUUCGCUGAGGAAGAGGCACAGAACAUAGUGUCACAGCAGAGCUCCAUGUCCAUCAAGAAACAAGUGGAGAGAGAGCUGCAGAUAUACCAGGAAGUUCCACCGGUCCUUAUGUCUGAGGACCCUGCGGCAUGGUAG